CUUGUCAUUUCUACGUCCACCAUAGGGCAUACGCGAUUAACCUAAUUCUUUGAAAUCUAAGGCGUUAUUUGUUCGUUUAACGUUCGUCUGACAGCUCCUGUCAAACGGACCCUUCCUUUCCAACUGUUCGUCAAAUCUGUCAGCUAAACAGUCAUCGUCUUCUAUUAUAUUUUCUGCGAGAAAAUAUUCUGUUUUAAUUCCUUCUGUUAUAUGAUUCAUUUCAACGCUUCCACGGUGAAAUAUUUCCAAAAAAGAAAUUCCGUUACGAUAUUGUGCAAGGAUAUUAGUGUAUAAGAAGUUGCAAGUACAGUCAAUUACAUAGUAUCAAGGCAUUGUGGAGACUUUGCACGAUUUAUAACUAAAGAAAAUCUUGGUAACUUACUAUAUUGUGUGAUAUAAAAACUAGAAACAAAAAUGUCAGUAUUGAAUCAAAGUGGAGAAGAUGCAGUGGAAUGUCCUUUGUGUAUGGAACCAUUGGAAGUGGAUGAUUUGAAUUUCUUUCCAUGUACUUGUGGAUAUCAAAUAUGUAGAUUUUGCUGGCAUAGAAUUCGUACAGAUGAGAAUGGUUUAUGCCCUGCUUGUCGGAAGGCCUAUUCUGAAAAUCCUGCCGAUUUUAAACCUCUCAGUAUGGAAGAAAUUGCAAGAUUAAAAGCAGAAAAGAGAUUAAAAGAUCAGCAACGUAAGCAAAGGGUUACAGAAAACCGUAAACAUCUAGCAAAUGUGAGAGUAGUACAAAAAAAUCUAGUAUUUGUAGUAGGAUUACCAUUGAGACUUGCGGAUGCUGAUACAUUAAAGCGGCAUGAAUAUUUUGGAAAAUUUGGCAAAAUUCACAAGGUUGUAAUAAAUCAAAGCACUUCCUAUGCAGGGUCUCAAGGCCCUAGUGCUUCAGCUUACGUUACUUAUCAGCGUCAAGAAGAUGCACUACGUGCUAUAGAGGCUGUGAAUAACGUUGUUAUGGAUGGACGGACAAUUAAAACGUCGCUAGGAACAACAAAGUAUUGUUCACAUUUUAUGCGUAAUCAGCCUUGUCCAAAACCAGAUUGUAUGUAUUUACAUGAUCUUGGGGACCAGGAGGCAUCAUUUACAAAAGAAGAGAUGCAUCAGGGCAAACAUCAAGAAUAUGAGCGUAAACUUGUACAAUCAUUACAUGCGUCACAUGCGUCACAUGCAUCUGCACAACGGAAACCAACACCAUCACCAUCAGUGACAGGCAGUAUUGUUAGAGAGAAUGGAACUUCAAAUUCUCAAGCCAAAGAAGCUUGGCCAUCGUUACAAACUGGACAGACAAAUAGUUCACAAACAAAUUGUAAAGAAUUAUCACCGCCAUCACAAACAACUUCUCAGCAAAACAACAUGACAAACGGAAGUAGUACAACAAACCAGCAGAGUCAUGUAUCCUCUGGUAGUUCAACACAACAGAACAAUAAUAAUAAAGGUGAAAAUAUGAAUAUACGGAGAGGAAAAAGUAAUAGUGAAAGUAAAGCUCAAGCAGCACGGAAUAAACACAAAAAUUGUCAAAAUAAAGAAAAACAUAGUACACGGACAACUUCCCGAUCAGAAUCUAGCUCUAUUGGUACACAAAAUAAUGUGCAAUCACAAAUUAAUGGACAAAAGGAUAUUAGAAAUUUUUCCUCCGAAUCGAAUAGUGACGUACUACAGAAAUUGGGUAGUAAGUGUAAAUCGGAACAACAACCACAACCACAGCAGCCACCACCUCAACAACAAUCACAACAGCAAAGUAAUAAAGGAUCUAAAUUAGUUCAGCACCAACAGCAGCAACAACAACAACAACAGCAGCAACAAUCUCAAGAACUUAAAGUAAAUGGAAUAAUGCAGAACGGAGAACGUCGGCAUUCGGAUAGUGAAACAGAUCAACAACGUGAAGGUAGUACACCGGCUAGUACAAUUUCGAGUACGGAAGAUCCGAAUGUGAAUCAUCAAGUGGAACAUUUAACAGAAUCAAGUGAGGAGAACAGUGGUGCUGCUAUUUUGGGUUCCUCUCCAGCUAGCACAAAUUCAUCACAAGGUGCCAAUCAACAGCCACCACCAGGACUACAUAAUGGGUCUCAAAUACAAUUCAAUCAUCGAUCGAUCUUUCAGACGGACAAUAAUAGUUUCUUCAAUUCAAACACUUUCCAGAAAAUCUCUACCACCACCUCAGUGCCACCUACUUCUUUGACAGCAAAUCCAAACCUGAAUUGGACAACCACAGGCUUAGCUUCUAUUCCUGAUUCUUUGCCAAUUGUUCAAUCCAGUGAAGAUUGGCAAGCAGCUUUUGGUUUUCAACCUGAAACUUCACAAACAAAUCAUGUUGUACAAAAGUCCAGUCCUUCUAGUUCGCCAGGAGUGAAUUUCAAUUCUGAAGGUUUCGUAGAUGAAGAAGUUUAUGCUAAUCUACAGUACACUACUCUAUCAGAACCUUCUGGUACUUUUACAUCAAGCUUGCUUGUUAAUUCUCCUGCAUCUAAAUUCAUGGCAGAUUUUCAACAAAACUCAUUGCAACAAAGGCUUGCUCUGCAGGCACAACAAAAUCAAGAAAACUGUGAAUAUAUAAAACAAAAUGGUCAUGCUACUAUGGAGGAAGUUAGGAACCAUAAAGAAUCUGGUUCAGAUAUAAAGCCUGAUGAUGAUCUAGGUUUUGAUCCUUUCCAUGAAACACAGAAAGCUUUGGCUGAACUUAUGGAAAAUGAAAUGCAAAUUCAACAACAAAGGUUUCAGCAGCAACAACAACAACAACAACAGCAACAAAGAGAACGAGAAGAGCAAAAUAGGGUACAACAUCAACAGAAUAUUGCAAACCUCGGUCAACAACAUUUUCCACAGGUCGCCCAUAUAGCACAUUUGCAACAGCAGGCCCAACAUCUGCAGAAUCUACAAGUUAUUCAACAGUCGCAUUCCUUGCUGUCUCGUCUUCCACAAAAUUUGUUACAAAGUGGUACCCAAAGCCCUGCUCAGAGUACUGUGGCUGCUGCUAGUUUGGGACAACGUAGCCGCCUUCCACCACCAGGUUUCCCUGGUUCUACACCAAAUCACAUGAAUUCUUUUGGUCUUGGUAUACCGCGACCGGCUCCCACGAACAAUGCUCUUUCGGGAGCACAACCACCACAACAAAAUACCUAUCUUCCAAAUGGAAACCCUCUUCUGAAUUCACAAGGUAUUAGUAAAUGCGCGGGAGAUGCAGUGUAUACGCUUAAAGAUUGGUGUGAUAUUAAUAAUCAACAACAGCAACAACAAUUUCAUCAUCAAGCAUUACAUCAAAAAGGUGGAUGGAACAAUUUUGGACCUAUUGCAGACUGGACUUCGAUUGAUCCAGCUAUUGUUAGUUCUUCUAGGCCUCUUCCAUUCCAAACUACUAGUACAUGGCAAUUUCCACAUGUUCAUCCUACACACACUGUAUCACAUAAUGCGCAACAGGAACAGCAGAAUGCACCAACUCAACAUUGGGCAAUGCAACCACCUCCAGGUUUUGCUGCACCAGUGACUACAGGACAACUAAGUAAUCAACAACCAAGCACAACUGCACAGCCGCACACUAAACUUAUCUCAGCAGGAUCGGAAAUCGAAAAUCUAUAAAUAAUUAUGCAUACACGAAGUGUACAAGUGACAUGUGGGACAAGAUAUUAGCAAUGAUACAAAAACCCGACAGUCUGUUACGUACGUUUUCCUGACCCGUAUUUAUAUCUUUGAAUUACUUUUAUUCUGAUACUUUAUUCUCACUGGAUGAGUAUUCACAGCUAAAAGCAAGUAUUGAAAGAUAUUGGAAUAUAAUUUAAUGAACACUUUCGAAUAUAUGCGACGAAUAUACUCCUAUAUACGUUCUCGAUAAUAUUCUCAUAUUUAACCUAUAGUAAAUUCGAACUAUUUACAAGUCUGGCAGUUUUACUAUGAUUAAGUUUAUCUAGAUCGAGAUGAUACAGGCAAUAUCAAAGGCAAUGAUUAUGAUUUAAUAAUUAACACAUUAAGUAAGAUACUUACUAAAAUAAUUAUACUAAACUAAUAUUUUUGUGUAUAUAUUACUCAGAUUCAAGUAAACUAUAUUCAAGCGAACAUAAGAAAUGCUUUUUUGUGUAAAUAACUUUUUCUGAAGGAUAUAUAUCAAGAACAAAAAUUUCAUACGAUGGAAAUUCGUAAACCUUUAUUUUUUUUGCAUUAAUAUAAGUUUUGUUUAAAUUUAAAAUACGAGAUUAUGUUACAGCAGAAAAAAAUAAUUGACACUUAAUACGUCCUUUUAUUUAAAAUAUAGCGAUGUAUUACAUUUAUAUUAUAAAGUGCUUAUAUAUACUGGAAACAUUAGAACAAAUUUUUUAACAGAAUAUCUAUCUGUUUAUCUUCUAGACAAAAGAUUUCUGUUAUAUAUGUAUUAUAAAUAUGUAUUAUUAUUGUGAAAAUGCGCAGAUAGAUACAUGCUAAUAAAAAAAUUGAAAUGUAAAAACUCAUAAGGAAAUCAAUUGUUAUUGUUGUUUUUUUUUUCUCUUUUUUUUGUCAAAAAUAAUUUUAAAUCUGAAAGCGUAAUUGAAAAUCGCUAGUUCCUGCAGUUUGAGUCAUGGUUAUCAUCUUGAAAUUUACAUUCAAUAUGCAUUUUUUUAUCUUUCUGUUUCAAUCGAACUGAUAUUGAAAUAUCGGCAUUAAUGUGUCUGAUAAAUAUCCUACAAUCUCUUAUUCUCAUCUAAUUUUAAAAUACAAAAGAUUACAAAAUGUUUAUUUCAUUAAUAUAGUGUCGAAUAUGUAACGUGGAAAUAGAUUAUGAAGAAUAUACGAGAGAUGAACUAUGAUAGUGGUGCUUUAAAAAAAUUAAGUGUAAGAAAGUCUUUGAUGUAUUUUAAAAACAUAUACAUCAAAGUUUAUGCCAGACGAAUACAUAAUUUAUGGUAGAUACUUCGUCGCAUUUAUCUAAUCAGUCAACAACGUGUUAAUAUAUUCAGAUUAAAUUGGUUUAGAAAUUAAAGUCACAAAGUUAAAUAAUAUUCAGGCAUACAUAGGAUUCAGGAAACGACGAGCAACUGUCGAAAUGAUAAAUAUGAAUCAGCGUAUCCGAAUCUCGAGUACGUACGAAACGACUACGAUAUACAUAUAACGAAAUAUGUCUGAAUGAUAGUACUAUAAUACGAAGUGUUAUCGUCGAAUGAUUAAAUUUUUGUGGCAGAUUGUUAAAUAAACAUAUCUGCUAAUUCAACACGAUUAAAGAAAACACGAUACAUAUACAAGAGAAUGAUUGAGAUACAGAUAUAAUUAUAACAAAUUUAAUUGAAGGUAACCGAGAAAUAUACAACAUGCGCAAGAUAUUAAUGAAAAAACGCAGUUUAAUUCAUAAUAUCCUGUUUCCUUUCAAAUAACUCACUUAAUUUUCCUGCUUUCUUAUAUACUCACCUUCAAUUUCAUCUUCCCUUGUAUGUCUAAACCCAUUCAAAAUAUUUUUUUCUAAAUAAUAAAAGAUCAAACAAUUUGUAAAUAACGUUUUUCACGUUAAAUUCACAUUUAUUAAAUUCUGAUAUACAAAUAACAAAAUAGCAUAUUCCAGUAACAUGUAUUAUAUCUUUGAUCAUAGCUUGUAUAUAAUUAUUGAAGUUUAGUACAAUAAUGGCAUAAAGUUAAACUCAUUUUGCAAUUAUACGUGCAUUUCUCAAUAAUAAUGUGAAAAGGAAAACAUGUAAAUAUUACACACCAAUAAGAAAAAUCAAUACUAUUUAAAUCUUUCACGAAUUUAUCGCUACUUCAUCGUGUUAAGUGAGAACAUAAAAACCGUAAAAAAUUUGUAUCUAAUUACUAUUAGAUAUCAGCAACCUCCGAUUUGCGAAUUUAUUAGGCAAGGUACGUUGACAAAUUCUUAUCAUAUUACUAUACUGAUAUUGAAGAUGGAUGUAUGUGUCUCAAAGUGACUAAUUAAAUAAAAAAUUUAACUUGGGAAUUGUAUGUUAUCUAGACACUGAUUAAAAGCAUAUGAAGCAGAAUCAACUGCUCUUGCAAAAAUAAUAGUUGAUAUACAUUUUUUUUAUAUUGAUUGAUAAUUUACGUUUUAAAUUUAAUAUAAAUAUAAAAUACAAUCAUGUAAAAAUUAAUGCAGUUUUAUAU